GGGUGUUCAAGUACCCGCUGGACGUGUCAGCUAUUGCAGUGGAUCCUGUGACGAGCUUGUUGGCCAUCGGGACGGGCUCUGGGUUUGUGCAUAUCUUCGGGGGGCCGUCGGUCGAGAUACAGCUGGUGCUGCCCGAACCGGCGAAAGUGCGGUUUCUGAGCUUUGCGAAUGCCACUUUCCAGCUGGUCUGUCUGGAUGAGCGCAGUCAAUUAUAUGUCUGGGAGCUGUCCGCUUUCGGGAAGCCCAAGCUCGUGGCAGCGACGCGAUUCGACAACGCUACUUCCUUGGUCGUUUCACCUUCGCAUUCCCAUGCCUUCAUCGCUCUGGAGUCGGGUGAAAUCAGGACGUAUGACUUGUUGUGCCUUUGCAAAUCGCCGUACAAGAUGCCGAAUAUGUGGGCGCUGUACGAGGCAAAGACGAUGGCAGAUCAAUCAGAGGCAUUGCCAGGCUCCGAGAUCCCCGUGGAGGUUGUUGUGCAUCCUCGAGAUCUCAAUCUGCUGUUUGUCGCGUACUCUGGCGGUGUCAUUCUAUCCGACUUGACUCAACGUAAUACACUGCGCGCUUUCGAAUUGGUUCUACCAGCUGGCGCUCCGGGGGGCGCCGGUUACGGUCACCCAGAUAUCAUGACCCAUCGCCGCCCGCCUGUGACAGCUAUAGCCAUCCAUCCUGCAGGCCACUUCUUCGCUGUGGGCUACGCGGAUGGAUGUAUCGCAUUUUGGGCUGUUGAAGAUGAAGAUCAGCCGCUCGCCGUUCGAACGAUCGACGCGACUGAUGUUAAUGUUGUCGAUAUCGAGAAGCUAGAAUCAAGUCACGAAUUACAGGCAGAGAGAGAGCCAAUUUUCAAGCUUGCCUGGUCGUCAUAUGCAAAUUCAACCGACCCUCGCGGUGGGACGACGACUCUGACGGUUCUCGGAGGCAUGUCCUUGGUUCCGGGAGAUCCAACCGGAUUCACGGUGCUCCAGCUUCCGGCUUUCAAUCCAGGCGAGCCACCGACUCCGGCGCCGAACAACGUAGCACUGCAUCCUUUCAUGCGAUCUGCGAUGCAAAUGGCUUUGACUCCACUGUCAGACUACUUUUACUACACGUCUGGAGUUGCGCAGGACUUCUUCCUUGUGCCGAAGAGCAGUCCCCAUUUUGCUGGACAUCACGAUCCUCAGGCGAUUCUCGUUCCUGUUGAGUCGAUUGGUGGAGCCCGUGUCGUCCAGGCAUAUCAGUUCCCGCCUCAGUCGUUUUUAGAGGCUGUUGCAGCCGGGGCAGAUGCACCAGCUGCCUCCGUUGAGGAUGAACUUGCGGACACACUCAAAGCUAUGACACUGACGGAAGAUCCCAAGCACUUGCGGCUGCCUGUUCCAUUGCACUUCGGUGGGGCAGGUGUAUUCGCAGCUUCUCUGUUCAACCUGGACAAGGACAACUACAGCACUUUUGUAAACGAAGAGGAUUCUUCUGAAAUGGCAUUACCGCUAAGCGGAGGAGUUGCUCUGAACGACGAAGACCAUGCUCGUGAAAUGCGUCUUGCCAAAUUCCAGGCCCAUCGAAUUCUCAUGACGCAGCAUCGGGACCUGUCGGUUGCAGUGCAGUUCCAUGACUUGAGUGCCCAGUUGCUCGUGACAGGAGAUGCGCCUCUCGACACCCACUUUCCCAAGCCAUUGCCCGGACUCACCAUUGACCUCAGCAUAUUGCUCACUGAUCCUGCCGUCGUCAACAAAUCAUCUCCCGAUUUGAUCGAUCGCGCUCUCGUUCAGACGGCUCGCCUUUCGCGGCAGUCGCUUGAAUGUGCUGUGCUGCUGGCUUCGGGGGAGUUGUUUAUAUAUCGAUUCAAGUCUGCUUCACGGGAGCCCCGGGAACAUUUUGAGAGCUCAGACGAGGAGAUAGUACCCCUCGCCCACGUCUUUACAGCAGAAAACGCCAGGUUCAGUCCUUACUUCGUGCUCUCCGCUGGGAAGCCCGUUACGGCAUUUGCUAUGUCUGAUAUCGGCUUCCUGGCUGUUGCACACGGAGAAUCAUUGCUGGUGGUAGACAUGCGCGGCCCUCGAGUCAUCUUCCGGAAGGCACGGGACAAAAAGAAGGAUCGGCUCUCCAUGCAGCUGCAUUCUGCUGAUGUCGGUGUCAUUUCUGGUCUGACCUGGACUGUGGCAACGACCGAGGAUGGUGGGUGCAUUUCAGCCUUCCUGCGUUCAGCAGUCGACGUUUCACUCCCAGAUCAUCAUCUGCGCAUCCGGCUAAUUGUUGGGCACUCGUCGGGCUCUGCUGAGGUGUUGAUGAUUGGGAGAGAUGCCACUGGGUGGAAGGUAGAGGCUGAUGGCACAAAAGGAGAGAUGGCGUCCAAUCCCCUCGCGAUGGGCACAUUUGUAAUCGAUAUCAAGCAUGGGAAACCUAUACAUGCUACCAAAGAGCAACUUGGUCGGGCAUCCCAAGAUUCGGGACCUACAGAAACGGACACGAUAUUCGUCACCGCUGGGGCCAAGGGGGCGAAGUCGUUCAAGAAUGUGAACGGGCCGCGGAUCGGAAAGACGGAUUGGGGAAACAAAACGGGGAAUGUAAUCAGCGUCCAGAUUGUUGAGAAAAUGAGCUCUCGUGGACUGGUCGCUUUCACAGACAAGCAGGAAGUAUUGACUUAUUCUCUUCCAACGCUGGAACACUUGUACACAUUAAAGCUCCCUCUCGACGACAACGCAAUCGUCAGUUGCGACGAGUCGGGUGACUGGAUAGCAUACUAUGCCAAUGGUACGGGGUGUAUUCUGGAGAAAAUCAUCUACGGGACGGUCUUCGACUUCAGACGCGCAUUUUUCCCUCCCGACAUCAAUCUCGCUCCCUCGAGACGCUCGGCUCCUGCCCAGCCACAGCCUGUCUCGCUCGGACCGACAUCGGUCCUGAGCUCCUGGUUCCGCUUCGGGCAAUCCAUGACUGGUGACCAGCUCGAUGCACUUAUGGCUGGGCCUGACCGGCCGAUUCCCGAACCACCGAAAGGACCUGAAGGUCAAAGCCUGGCUUCGUAUGCUUCAGCCCUGCCCUCAGCAAGCUCUGUCGCACAAUCAGUCAGCGGUGUGCAAAAUAAUCUCUACUCAAGACUGCAGUCUGCCAUGGGCGAGCGAUCUCAAAUGCUAGGCGAUCUGGAGGAUCGAUUCAACUCCCUGCAUGAAGGUAGUCAGAGCAUGGUAUCUCAGGCUAAGCGCUUGGCUGCCGAACAAAGUGCAAAGAGAUGGUUUGGUCUUUAGUAUCAGUUGGUAGUUAGCAGCCAUAAUGACAUCACCGAUUCUUCAAUGCACGUGGUCGCGAUGAGUUACGUCAGCGCAUUUCGUCCGCAGACGCAACGCACACGUCUCUCUCGCCAUCAUGACCACCUACGAGCCGCUGCACAGGCAAUGCCGUACCCUCGAGAACAUGUUUAUACCAAACUCACCUCCUACUCGCAACUCGUGUCCAACAUCUCACAGCAAGACGACCUCGAGGCAUCAGGGUCCCCAGAGCGAUGGAAGGACAUGGAGCUGGAGCUGGAUGAUCUGUUGGAAAAG